CGCAGGGAUGCGCUGCCCCCGGCCUUAGAGGGAAGAUCGGAGCCCCAGCGCGGUGGCGGAGCCCAGGGGGAUGUGGAGGCACAGAGGACCCUGUGACUGACACAGCCCCGCCAGGCGCAGCUGAAUGGAAAGACUGCAGAAGCAGCCACUGACCUCCCCUGGGAGCGUCUGUUCUUCCCGCGGAUCCAGCGUUCCCGGAUCUCCCUCCAGCAUCGUGGCCAAAAUGGACAACGAGGUCCUGGGCUACAAGGACCUGGCUGCCAUCCCCAAGGACAAAGCGAUCCUGGACAUCGAACGCCCCGACCUGAUGAUCUACGAACCUCAUUUCACCUACUCGCUCAUGGAGCACGUGGAGCUGCCCCGGAGCCGGGAGCGCUCCCUGUCUCCCAAAUCCAUGUCUCCUCCUCCGUCUCCAGAGGUUAUCCGGGAGUGGCUGGAGAGCCGCCCCCCCAGCAGCACCCCGCUGCCCCCCUCGCGCCAGGGCACUGCCCCGACCCGCAGCAGCGUCCAGCACUUCCACCGACCCGAGACCGACACGACAGAGCUCAACAUUUACAAGAAGCCCCCGAUCUACCGGCAGAAAGACCACCAUUCCAGUGCCCACCACGGCAAGCACCUCAUAGAGGAUUUGAUCAUCGAAUCCUCCAAAUUCCCGGCGGCGCAGCCCCCGGAUCCCAACCAGCCCGCCAAGAUCGAGACCGACUACUGGCCCUGCCCACCCUCACUGGCCGUCGUGGAGACGGAGUGGAGGAGGCGGAUGGCGUCCAAGAGAGGCGAGGAGGAGGAUGAGGAUCUGACGGAGGAGAUGAAGAACCUGCGGGAGCUCCAGCGGCAGGAGCUGAGCAAGGUCACCUCCAACCUCGGGAAGCUGAUCCUGAAGGAGGAGAUGGAGAAGUCUCUCCCGAUCCGCAGGAAAACUCGCUCACUGCCGGACCGGACACCUUUUCACACAUCCCUGCACACGAGCUCCAAGAGCUCCUCCCUCCCCGCCUCCGGCCGGAGCACCCUCACCCGGCUGCAGUCGGCGGAGUUUGGCUCGGCAGGGAGCGAGAAGGGCAGUCCUGCCCUGCAGAACGGCCAGCGCGGGCGCAUGGACAGAGGGAACUCCCUGCCCAGCAUGUUGGAGCAGAAGAUCUACCCCUAUGAGAUGCUGAUGGUGACGAACCGAGGCCGAGUGAAGCUCCCGCCCGGCGUGGACAGGACCAGGCUGGAGCGACACCUGUCCCCCGAGGACUUCCUGAAGGUGUUCGAGAUGUCUCCGGAGGAGUUCAGCAAGCUGGCCCUGUGGAAGCGCAACGAGCUGAAGAAGAAAGCCUUCCUCUUCUGAGCCCUCCUCGGCCCCAGCUCAGUCCGUGUCGCGCCGUGUAACCGCUUUAGGGCUCUCAGCCGGUUUUUAUUGGGGUCUCCCCCCAUUUCCCCGCGCCCCCAGCCCCCCAGAUCUGCCCCCCAGAUCUGCCCCCCGGCUCGUUCCUCCUGCAGGGAGCGGGGCUGGGGGGCUCGAGCCUGCCUGGCCGUGGGGUGACGGGGCUGGGGCAGCCCCCGGCCAGCAGCAGGCACGGUUCAGCCAGGACGGGAGGUUUGGGGGGGUCUUUGGGCUUUGUGCCCCCCUCUUUUCCCCCUGGAAUGUGCCUGGCUCCACUGGGGGGGCACCGGGGGGUUCCCUCCUCCCUGGGGGUCCGCUGCCCCCAGCCCCCCACCCCGGGGCGCUCCUGUGCCCCCCAAGCUGCCCCUGUCCCCCACCCUGAGGCUUGGGAAGAGCCUGGGGGCCGACACUGCCAGAGCCAAAUCCCACCCUAACCCCCUGCAGCCCCCCAGGUUUGUCCCCACCCUCAGCCCCGCUCCCUCCUGUGCCAGGUGCUGCAGCGAGGAGCCCAAGGACACUGCCAACCCCACCGGCCCCGGGCUGGGCAGAGGGGCAGGGGGAGCACCCUGGGGCCGGGCAGGGGGUGGCAGGGUUGGGGUGGGGGAUCCCUGGGGCAGCUCCUGGUGUGUUUCCAGCUGCGGAUGCGGGGGGAUGCACUGAGGGGUGCAGGGGGGCGCUUGGGGUGAUGAUGUGGGGGUACAGGAGGGCACUGAACUGGGAUGAUGAAUUGGGAUGAUGAACUGGGGCGAUGGAUUUGGAACAGUGUACGGCUCUGUGGGCACGGCGGCCACUCACUGGGGCCUGGGCACUGUCCCUGUCCCCUCCCGGGGCUGAGCACUGUCCCUGUCCCGGGGCUGAGCACUGUCCCCUCCCGGGGCUGAGCACUGUCCCUGUCCCCUCCCAGGGCUGAGCACUGUCCUUGUCCCCUCCAAGGGCUGGGCACUGUCCCUGUCCACUCCAAGGGCUGGGCACUAUCCCUGUCCCCUCCCGGGGCUGGACACUGUCCCUGUCCCCUCACGGGGCUGGACACUGUCCCUGUCCUCUCCCCUCCCGGACAGGGCUCAGCACCGGGCCGCACUUUCCCUUCUCCCCCUCUCCCCUCUCCGGGCACACGAUUUGGGCAGGACCCCUCCUCUCUCCCCGCACCCCCCGGCCCCUCCACGCUCCCCGGGUUUUGUUUCCAGCCACUUUCCAGCCGCUAGACCUUGUUGGGAUGUAAAGAAUGUAAUUUAUCUGGAAUUCACUGGCCCAUACUUGCCUUUCACUGCUACAAACGACAUAUCUAUAAAUAUAUCUAUAAAUAUGGGUUGUUUUGGACUGGAAUACAGUGAUUCACUUUCUCUGUUUUUGUUAGAGUUUAUUUUAUUUGCUGGUGUCGGAGAACCCGCGUGAGAGUGAUUUUUUGCUUACAAUUAAAGGUGAAAUGGCUUUA